CGUGGGACCCUCGCGGGAUCGCGGAUCCCUCGCGCCUCUUCCGGUUGCUCGAGACCGAAACGCUCGCCGGCUUCAUCUCCCGCCGGCAAUGCUUUCGUCGGCCAGCUCCACUCCGUGAGCCUCCUCCACCUGGCCGGCUCAUCCUCUUGGUCCGAGCUGCCCUCGCCACGCUUCUCCUCGCCGGUGACCACGUCUCGCCGCCUUCUUUUGGCCCGAGACAGUUGGCCCGAAGGUCCUUCCUGCCUGUAAGCAGCCCACAGGCUUACUUUCCCUCUCUCGUGCUAUUGGCGACCCUCCCGACCUCCUUCCCUUGAGGCAGGCAACCCGGGGCGCCGGCGACCUCGCUUCCUCAUUCCCUUACGGUCGAUGACGUGAGCCUCCAACGAAUUUGCCGGCUUUUGUUCCCAUUCGGCCGGAAGCCUCGUCAGAGCUCCUCACCGUCGGCACGUGGCGACGACGUCAUAGCGUAAAAAGCGUGGGCGUCCUCUCAUUUUCUGAGGAGAGUUUCUUCCUGAACUUCGCCGAACAUUGAGCAACCACCGCGACGGAUCAUUCCAAGGUUUUGCUCAUAAAUAUCUUGAUUCAAAUGGCGUCCUCUGUAAUAAAACCCGGUAUACUGGUUGGUUUACAGGAGUUAGAGCCAUCUUCUCCUUUCUUCAAGGAAGGGCAGUCUGUUCGAGUUACUGGAAAGCUAGAGUCUUACAAUGUUGAAAGCGCCAUGGCUGUCAUAGUUGAUGGUGGCGCCAGUCUUUUGAUUGACACCCAGAAUUUGAGAGACAUCUGCUUCCGCACCAACUCCAUCUAUCAGUUUAUUGGCGAGCUCUUGAUUCCACAGGAUGGCCAAGUGACACUUAAGGCACGUGUAGGAAGGAAUGUGGAUGGCAUUGAUCUCAAUCUCUACCACCAAUCCAUCCAGCUUCGACGAAAAUUUGAGGCCCACAUUGCAAAGUCGAAAACAACCUAAACAUUUAUUCUACAAUAGCCACAUGCCUCUUGUUUGAUCUGUCCAGUUUAUUUGGCCUAUGAUUUAGGUGCUUUGUCCUCAACCAUAAGGUUCUGUCUUCAAGGCCUAAAUAUAUUCAAGUGUAUGGACGAGUUUAGAAAAAGAUAACCAGAGGUUUUUGAGACUUUGUUAGCUCAUUUUGACUAGACGAUCAUGCUAGGCUUUUGGGGGUUUGAAUUCGGGCUUUGGUCAUAUGGCCUAGUGGAAUAUGGAUUUUAAGGGAAUGAAAAUAUUUACUUUAAAUUUAGAGAAGC